AUGAAACAGCCUUGCCAACAUUCGCAUGUCUAUGUGGACGUCUCGCCACAUGCAUCCAGAGUCAGUUUCAAGCGCGCAACAGAGAGGCAGCGUCUCCUGGCGGCAACCAGAGACGGACGCGUCGGCAAGACCCUGGAGUUGCUGACCCCAAGAGAAGCCUUUGGGGAUGGAAUGGCAUUUCCAGGGCCUUUGGUACUUCCGUAUGAUGACCUCGCCGAAGACCCAGAGUGGCCACCCCAGGAUCUUAGAGAAUGGAGAAGCGAAGAGGAGCGGAAUCCAGUCACUCGAGGCAGAAAGACCAUCUACAUCGUUCCAAGUCCAGCCAUUUCUCCAGAGGUAUCCAAGAUGCAGACGUGGUCCAUCUGCAGCACUCCAACCGCAACGGCGGAACGCGAGAUGCAAGCUGCCGAGCCCCCAAAGAUACAGCACCUAAUGGAAUAUUUGUCCGCCUUCUUCCACGGCAUGCCCGUCAAGCUCUUCAAAGCACCCUUCCAAUGGCAGAAAUGGAACAAGUACGACGGCGCAAUCUUGACGUCCCCCAGCGCGCAGCGCCGGAUCGGGCUCCGGACCCCCGGCGACCGGCUCUUCGGGAUCCGGUGCCGUGCGUCGCCGGACGAACUGUCACCCAUGCAGGUCAACCUGGACGACGUGCUGGAUGCCCUAGCGGAGAAUAUCCCGGCAGACGCGCACUCGAUCAUGAUGCUGCUUGACCUGGACAUGUACGAAGGAGAUGGAGACAUCUUUACCGCCGGGCGGGCAUACGGGGGAAGCCGCAUCGCUGCCGUCUCGCUGUUCCGCGACCAGCCGCUGUGCGCGCCUCCGGAUGAUGGCCAUGCGUGGCCGGCAUCUCACUGCGCGGAGUACAUUGACAAG